CGAUUACAUUGAUGUUGUAGAUUAGAAGCACUCAAUUCUUGUAGUAGGGCAACAGCGCAAACAGUUUAGCUCGGUCAGUCUUUUUUUGAAAAUUUCAGGGAAAAUGAAAAGAAGAUAAACCGAUUUAAUAUUCUCGUUGAACAAUUGUGGCUGGAUGCCGAGGAUAUCCCACGUGGAGUGUCGCUCUCUGUAAAAAAACCCUUUGUAAACCUAAACGCCUUCGCUUCUGCUUCGUGGAUAAUCGCAAGACAAAAGGAACUUAGGAGCUCGAUUCGUAAAACAAAGAACGCAAAAUCAUAACGCUCGUCGCUCGGAUGCUAUCGAAUAGCGAGCUCGAUUCGUAAAACAAAAAAGAGCUCGAAAGUGAUCGUCGUCCUCACUUGAACCACCGAACGUUUCUCACUUAGAAGAAGACCCCCCUCUAAAAAGAAUCAGAGAACAAACUGAAACACCACAAAGCAAAAAGAUGUCAGUCUCAUUCCAAGUCGCAGUAGCGAAGAGCUACGAGCUCGACAGCGUCAACCGCGAAGCUAUGCACGAUGCCAAAGCCACCAGAGGGAAGAUGAGCUUUAUGCAACGUACUUGUCUUUUAGACUGGUUUGCCUGUGAGAUGAGCUUUAUGCAACGUACUUGUCUUUUUAGAUGGGUUUGCCUGUGAAAUGAGCUUUAUGCAACGUACUUGUCUUAUUUUAGACUGCUUUAUUAUGCCUGUGAACAACAGCAAGAAGCUUCAGAGGGCUAAGUGAGUCUGAGUUUUUGAAAUAGUAUCUUUGCGAAUGCAGCGAACUCAUCAGAUACACAUCGUCCAACUUCAUCUCCUUCCUCAUAUUUAGUUCCUCCCACCAGGUAUGGAAGCGGAUUCAUAUAACAAGCGUGUGAACGGUCAGCUGUCGGACAUGCGAAGACACGAGGACUUGAAGGAUCGCGUUGACAAAAUUGCGCUUGAAAAGUACUUCCACAAAAAUUAACUACAAUCACUACCAGUCGCUAAAAGGGAAAAAAUAGCAAAAAAUCUAGUUUCCCUUCCUUGCAGUUUACUUCCUUUAUAACUUUUGCAAUGUCCUCGACCUCGUGUUGAAGAGCUUCAACUUGAAGCAAGUUGAUCCUGAUACUCCAUUCUCACAUCUGUCCUGUCCACUCAUGAUACAGGACCGCAACCAGAAAAGAGGGUGCCGUGACGGGUACUCGCGGACCGAAGAUCGUUACGCACGCUUGCAGCAAAUUGAAAGAGGGUCAUGCGAAGAAACAAUUAUGGGGUCCUUUGGAUAUGUACUAAAAUUUCGAAAAAGCCACGAAAACCCACUUGCUCCACACUUCCUCUAAGUACUAGCUGUAGAUGAUAGAAAGUGAAAGUUUAAUUUCUUCUGACGAUGUUGCAGUUGCUGUUGCUACAUAUCAAUGACCAUGAUCUUCUAUGGGAUGGACUUGAUGAACGCUCUUCUUGUUCUACAGACGAAUUGGAAUUAGUUAGGGUUUUGUUGAUAAAUUGCAGAGCUUGCUGAAUAGAUGAAGCAAAAGUUGAUGUUGCAAUACCAUGGUGUACAAAGAAUGAACCCUGAACGACGAUUCCCCUAAGAUGAGUUAUUAGUUUAUUCCCUGCUGCAAAGAAACAUUCCGAGAUUUUGCUAGCUGUGAGCGGUAGUCGGGGAGACGCUGUGAGCUGCUUGAUGAUGUUUGUCGAUCCUGAACUAGAUUCCGAACUCGGAAGUCCCCACUCUAAUUCCAUCAGAAGCCA